UUAAUUUUAACGACUUUCUUUAGCGAUGCUGGCUACCGUUUUUUUCAAGAACAAUCUCUCCGCGUAGGACGUUCUAGCAUCCUUACAUAGGGAAAAGUGUUGUCAAUGCUCGAUCAAUUCGAAUUCACGUGGUUGAUCCGUCAGGAAUCUAGGAAAGUGGUAAGAUGAAUCAACAUCUUACAUGCAUGCAAUUUACACAAAACAACUUUUUUAAGUUAUAUGUUUUAAGUUAUAGAAAGAAAAAAAUUCUGUUCAUUUAUUAUGAUUGAUUUUAAUUGAUUGCAAAUAUUCCAUGGAACUGCGAAAUAUGUUGUGUCGCCGUAAUUUGACCAGAAAAAUCCAAUCCGCAUUAUGAAAAGGAAACACCAAGAUAAUUAUGUUUCAUUCUGUUCUAAAUAAAAAUGUUUAAAAGAUCGCUUGCAUUGUAAAAAUUGUAAUCUAUUAACCGUCUUUUUAAAUUACAAAAGCAAAAAUAAAAAAAAAUCACCACACGCCAGGAUUGGUAAAUUAUAUCAGCGGAAAAUUCAGCUGAUGGUAAUAGUUAAUUAAAAAUAUAUUAAAUGCAUAGUCAAAGCCAAUCUCCCAAAACCACUUGCUAAUACAAAUUCUAUGAUAAGAAAUCGAUGGCUCAGAAAUGUGAAAUAAAACAUGAAUAAUUUUCUUUUGUAAAAUGUUGUCCAGCUGCUUUCGUAUUUGCACUGUAUGUUGUGUGUACCGUAUCUCGAACUGUGGGAGAGUGCGAGAAAAUUUUCCACGCGUUUGCGCAGUUUCUUGUCUACGCCAGCCCUAACUUUAUUGGAAAUGGCAGCAGCAGUAAUGUUAUAGAUUGUCCAUGUUAAAUAAGUACAGACAUUUUUUCCACAUUUCCAACGAGUUGAAAAUCCAUGUUCGAUAUUGUGAAGUACAGUGCAUUGUUGUUGAACAUGUUUUAAAACAUUAAUCUGUAGUAUACCUUCCAGAACGCUGAUCGUUUUAAACGAAAACCAUCGUCACAAGCAUAUUUUUAUCGUUUGUAAUUGUCGAAUUGUAAUUUGAGUGCGUUGAAAGUGAAUAACAUAUUUUUGUUGGUGUUGAAACUGAAUCCAAUUGGUCAGUUUUUGCAACAAUGUCCAAAAUAUCGCAAGAAAACAGAAAGUCUUGCUUGUACUUAUUUGGACAUUGGUUAUGGUGUGGUUAUGUACUGUUACUGCAAGUGCCCUCCAUAAACGGUGCAUAUGGAAAUGUUGUGUCUCUACCAGGGGAGUGCCGAGAUGUGAAUGGCAAAAAAGUGGAACAAGAUGCACAUUAUGUGCCGCCAGGAUCGGAUACCUGUCGAUUGUGUUUAUGUGACAAUGGCCAUCCAAAGGCGUGCAAAGCAGUGCUUUGCUCACCGCCUCACGAUUGUAAAUCCUUUCAAAUUGGUAGUUCUUGCUGUGAGUUCAUCUGUUUGGAUGACACAAUAGGCAAUACAGCAGAUAAAAACUACGAUGUCGGCAUGUGACUAGUAGCUACUGGAGUGAUCGUAACAUUUUCGUUAACCUUGCUUUUCUUCGUUAUCAGUCGCUUAAGGCAUCGUAAAAGUCGUGCCCAAGAAGGGCGCGAAGUCAUCGAUGAUCCUAACCAACGCAAUUUGGUAAAUAACGUAGGGUACAUGGGAGGCAGCAUUGGUUAUCUAGGUGGGGGGACGAUGAACAUGGAUUAUUCAUAUGUAGACCAUGCUGUCGCUCCACACUACCAACUUUGGAAACCUCCUGGGGCGUAUUACACGAGGGGUGAAGCUCCUCCUCCUUAUGAAGAGGCCAUAGCUAUCGCUCAUGCAGAGUCGUUAAGUUCGUGUACUGUAAGUGUCGCUACAUCUACAGGACGAAAUUAUCCACUCGGAGUUGUGCAAGAUUCUGAUGCUGCACCAAAUAUAACGGCGAAUACUACGAAUUUAAUAAGCAUUAACAUUAAUGGUACAGGACAUGGCGGAAAUGUAACGGAAAUCGGCGGUGUGGAUAGCAACAUGGGGGCACGUAGUGUGGCCACUAUCACUAAUGAAGACUCGCCAUUCGUGACAUCCAGCAAUAACCGUGUUAGCGGUGUUAAUGGACGCUCAACCCUUUUAAACGGAGGAGAUAGGCAUAGUAGCGAGACAAACGAAGACACAUCGAUGACAAUUUACAAUCAUCAUCCAUCGAAUCUUUUACACCAGAACGAUGUAAUCGAUGUUAACGAUGGUCUCUGUGAAAAUGUUAAUUUAAGUAGCAAUCAUCAUUGCACUGGAAGCAACACGAUUUCUUUCAGUAGCGUGGGGUCAGACCUGUGUAUGAAUUCUAGCUGCGAGCUGAACAUUAAUGCUCAUCAGUGCAACUUUACGCAUCAUCAAGUCACUGUGGCUGCUGUUAACGUUAGUUCCGGGGAAUUUGGUGAAACAGGAGUACAUAGAGUAGGAAUAAAAGAGGACCAUUGUUCUUCCAUGUUUCAAAAUCCGAACCGUCUAUCAGAUGGUGUCGAUAAAUUUAUUGAUGCUAGUCAUCACCGCCAUUGUCAGCAAACAGUUACUGGAAACUGUGGAGACGAAAGCUCACAAUUACCCGCUUCUUCUCAAUCUCCAAUUUCACAGUCGUUGAUGCAAUCCGUCCCGGUACCAGCAAUGUUCAACGAUGAUAUGAUAAGCGACAGUAAGUUUAGCAAUUAUUCGGAUAAAUCCACUGAUGUGAUCAAAAACCGAAUAACGGGGAAAAAAUACCAUCGCACUAUUCCACGCCAUUUCUCUGUGGUUGAUCCUAUAAUAAAUCCAAUCAAGACCAACUUUUUGGCAGCAGGGACAGCAGCUACUGCCACCACCCCCACGGAUUCUUCAGCAUCAUUUACUCUAGUGCAACAAGAUCGUGUGUCUGGGGAUGUGAGAGAUAAGCAAACUUUGCAACGGACGCCUACGAAAGGGGCGGCAGACGUAACAACAUCGCCAAACAUGAUUUUGGCAUCAGCAAAUGGAAACACAACAGUAGCAAACCGGAAAGUUUGUCAAUGUCCAAUACAGCAUAAAGCCUUGACGGGUUAUCAGUCAACAACUGCUGGAAGAUCUUCGGCCAUAUCAUCAAUUCAUGGCGAUGAUAGCUAUCGUAGUCUACGGCCAACAUCAAAAGAUAUCCUACAAAAUCGUGGUGAUAGCUGCAACAAGCAAACAUCAAGUCAUGGUGAUCAUGCCAUGGUUGCGAGCAAAAGAAGCAAUGGACUAGGUACGAUGCGAGAAAAUUAUGGCACGGAAAGAACUCCACUAAAGAGAGCCAGUGAACCAGUGGGGCUAAUGAAUCAGCGGUUCCAUGAAAAAGAACAUCGUAAAACAGCUUCAUCGUUCUCUGACGCUACUAUAGGUACUGGUGGCAACAGGGUUAAGGCUAAACUACAACCGAAUUAUCAACAUCGUACUCACUCAGAUCACAGUUCACAUAUCGCUGCAUCGGAACGCAAGGUGACUACACAAUUGCCAUUGGAUGAGCUAAUGUCUACCCGAUUGACAACUAGGCCCGGGAUAGAGAGUGAAGAUCGGCCUCAUUCUGUACUGAAAAAAUCUUCGUUAAAUACGAACAUGAAUAAUGAAGCUAACAGUGGUUUACACAAUCCCAUUCUACCCCCGAAGGCUAAAAAGCAGCAGCAUCAACAGUCUCGCCAAAAUCAAGCAUAUAAUAAAAACAUAGCACCUGGAAAUCAUCAACUGCACGAUGGUAGUUUAGUACAUCAGAAAAUCUUGUCUCUUCCUGAAAAGCCUAACGAUGGUAACAAUGGAGGUGGAAACAAAUUGCGGGAACUACGAAAGUCGCCCAUGCACAUAACCCAUGACACAGGUGGAGUGCUGAAGGUGUGCAACAACAAUGUCAUGUCAAGUGGAUUCUCAAAUUCGCUACCCAGACACUCGUUUGCUGCUAUACGAAAUUAUGAAAGGAAACAGCGCAAUGAUAAUUUGUUUUUUAACAAUUUUGGCAAGGGUACGAAACAACACAGGCCCGAUGGUGUAGACAGUGAAUUAUUACAAGAAAAAGUAUUAUACGAUAGUAAUACGAUGCCGAAAAAUAUUCCAAAUCAUAAUGGGCGCAAGACAAGCCUAGUUACGGAAGCAGUAAAUCACAUACCCCCCAUCAUAAACAUUCCAGUUACAUCACACAGUGCAACGUCUUUUGGAAGAAACGCAAAUUCCAACAAUCAAAGUACCAAUAACGUGAAUUGCUCCAAUACUGCAAAUACUACAGCAGCAGAAAAUAGUAAUCAUUCGUCAGUUGUACACGGUUCGGCGCAAAUCGCAUUACAAGCCGCUACAUUGCCCAAUAGCACUAAUGGUGGAAGUAGGAAUAAUGAUGAUGGAGGGACCAACAGUAAUUCAAUCAAACAACCGAUUCUUCUGCCAUUGCCCGUAUUAAUGACAACCAUCACAAACUGUGCCAAUCCGCGGGAACACAUGCUACCGAAUGACAACAGUCUUGAUGAGGAUUACUUAAGCGAGUGUGAAAAUUGCAAAUCGUCCGCUAACAACAUGCGCUACUAUCUCGAUCUAGAAGAUGGUAGUAAAACUUGUGCUCCCAUACAGGAAACGAUGACACUGCAAAGGAAAAUACCAGACGCUGCAGAGGAGGUAGAACAAAAUUAUUAUCGCGUAUCUUCGACAUUGCCGACUAAUACCAGCAAACGAAAUGUACCGCUUGUCAACAAGGAUCGAGUAGCAUGGUUUUCUACUAUACCGGCUAGUUCGUCCUCGGACGAUGAGGAAGUAUGUGAAUGAAUUCGCUAACGCGGUAAAUUUGUUCAAUGGCACAUUUAGCCGUGUCUGAAAAUAUAUUGUAGUAGUAACCAACGAAAAAGGAUGCAAUGGAAUCGCAUCUUUACUAACAAACAUAAAAUCUUCAAUGCGUGGAAAUAUUUAGAAUAUAAAUAGUAUUUAAAGUCGAUAAAAGUAUGUUGAAAAAUCAGCACAUGAAUUCAAAUCCAUAAUAAAACAGAUAUAGAAUUAAUUUUCAACAUUGUAAUCGACUGCCAUAAAACUCAAACAAUGAUCGCAUGGAUUCUCCGUAAUCUGACAAGUUGGUGUAUAUCUAUUUUUGUCAAAAUUCUAACUCGUGGAACCAGGAAAAUAAAUGAUAAUGUAAAAAAAUUAACAAA